UCUGCACCUCUGCCUUCAGAUGAGCACGGAGCCUCCUGCAGUUUGCAGGCGUACAGACAGCCAGAGGAAUACCACGGCUGUGCCUCUGCUCUGCCUUGGACUGUGGUGUGGGCUAUAGCGCUGCAGACGCGGCGUCCCCACUGUCUCAACGUUGAGCCUGUGCGGCAGCGGCAGAAUUCACUCUGCCACCGCCUUGCCUGCUGCACUUCGCCGCUCCCAGAGAGAGAAACCCGUCUGUCCCCCACUUUCAAGUCGCUAAAGGAGACCGUGGAUUGGAACUAAUUAUUGCGCCUAUUGGAUCAAUUUGAGUGGACUUACUGUUAGGUCGUUGUUUUUCAUGGUUGAAUACAGUAGGCUAUAUGGAUACCCAAUCUGCGUGAUAUUGGUUCAUGAUUGAGAAGCGCGGAGGGGCGUGGAAUUAAUUUAAAUCUAUUUGGUCUUCUUGGAUGUAAAACAACCGAGAUUUAUUUCUCCCCAAUCCUCCCUUCCCAUCUCCUCACCUUCAACAUGACUUCUCUGUCUGGGACCAAAGAGAGGUCUGUGACCAGCAGGAGCAGAAAAUACGGGAUUACCGACACCUCCCCGACAAAAUCAACCUCCUUCUCCCCGGAGACAUGGUACAGAAAGGCCUAUGAGGAGUCCCGGACCGGCAGCCGACCAGCUCCAGAGGGAGCCGGAUCUAUGCCCAGCUCCACAGGCACCCCCUCCCCAGGAUCUGGCACCUCGUCCCCGGGAUCCUUCUCCGGUUCCCCCGGGACCAUAUCUCCAGGGAUCGGGACCGGUUCCCCUGGGUCUCUAGGUGGCUCGCCAGGUUUCGGUACAGGUUCGCCUGGCUCUGGCAGCGGGAGCUCCCCUGGUUCUGAGAGGGAGAGGGGGAUAUGGUGUGAGCACUGCAAUGCCCGGCUGGCGGAGCUGAAGAGACAGGCGCUGAAGCUACUGAUUCCCGGCCCCUACUCCAGCAAGGAUCCGUCCUUCUCCCUGCUCCUCCACGACAAGCUUCAGGUGCCCAACAGCUCGGGGCGGGCCUGGAAUGAGCGUGACAGUCGCUGUGAUGUGUGUUCCACCCACCUGACCCAGCUGAAACAGGAAGCAGUCCACAUGGUGCUGACCAUGGACCAAUGGGACCUGUCCCCCAGCUCGCCCCCCACCCUGCCCAGCCACAGUGGCCCUCCACAGGGCCCCACAGCCCCAUGGGACUGGGCCUACCUCCCUUCAGCCGCAGCAGCCUACCCCCAUCCCCGUCCAAACCCACACCACCCUACCAUGCCUCCAACAUCCUCUACUGCGUCCUUCUCCAGCCCCAGCCAAGCUGCUUCCAACCCCAGCCCAGGUGCAACUUCUGUGGUUCAAACAUCCACCCAUGCAGCCUCUUCUGCGCCGGCCCCGGCGUCCUCAUCGCCGGCUCCAUCCCCGGUGCACCAGGGAGGGCAACCCCGCCAAGGUUCCAAGCCCAGUUCCCUAGGAGUGGGCCUCGGGAUGGAGAGGAGGAACGGCUCCCCGGCACACUCCAGUAAGGCCACCGGUGUCCCGUCGGCCCAGCCGCCCAACAGCCCCGGUAGUAACGGGAACAAUGCUGGGAGUGGAGCAGUGCUGAGUACAGCAGCACUGCAGGCUCACCAGUACAUGUCUCGCACCAACGGAGGAGGAGUCACACUCUACCCCUACCAGAUCUCCCAGAUGAUAUCUGAUGGGUGUCGAGAGGGUGUGACGGAGGCAGUUCUGAACCGCUACAACGCUGAUCGCCCCUCGUCCUCGCAGGCCCCUCCCACUAUGCAGGUUACCACGGCAGCACCAACCACCACCUCUGCUGCCGCGUCCUUCUUCGCCAGAGCUGCUCAGAAGUUGAACCUGUCAUCGAAGAAGAAGAAGCAGCGCCCAGCGCCCCCCCCAGUGGUGUGUGACCCCCCUCUGUUCCCCACCAACUUCAGUGGGACCCUGCAGACCGCCCCUCCCCCCGCCCCACCUUGCCUGUUACGGGCUGCCAGCAAGAUCAAAGACACCCCCGGACUGGGCAAGGUGAAGGUGAUGGUGCGUGUGUGUCCCGUGAUGUCCUCGGACGCAGCAGAGUCCAGCUCUUUCCUCAAGGUGGACACCAGGAAGAAGCAGGUGACCAUUAUGGAUCCAUCAGCCAACCAGAUGCAAGGAAACACCCUCCAGAAACGAGGAGUCAAUCAGGCCCCACCUAAGAUGUUUGCCUUCGAUGCCGCCUUCCCCCAUGAUGCAUCACAGGCGGAGGUGUGUGCUGGUACUGUAGCUGAGGUCAUUCAGUCGGUGGUGAACGGAGCAGAUGGCUGUGUCUUCUGCUUCGGACACUCUAAACUGGGUAAAUCCUACACCAUGAUAGGUGGUGACGAGUCCAUGCAGACCCUGGGGAUCAUCCCCUGUGCCAUCUCCUGGCUCUUCAAGCUCAUCAACGAGAGGAAGGAGAAGACGGGAGCACGCUUCUCUGUCCGAGUCUCAGCCGUAGAGGUUUGGGGUAAAGAGGAGAACCUGAAGGACUUGCUGUCUGAAGUGGCGACAGGCAGUUUGCAAGACAGCCAGUCCCCUGGAGUUUACCUCUGCGAGGACCCCAUCUGUGGCAUGCAGCUCCAGAACCAGAGUGAGCUGCGAGCCCCCACGCCAGAGAAAGCAGCCUUCUUCCUGGAUGCAGCCAUAGCAGCUCGAUACAGCAGCAGAGAUGACGCCGACCCGGAGGAGCAUCUCAACUCACACAUGCUGUUCACACUGCACAUCUACCAGUACCGCAUGGAGAAGACUGGCAAGGGAGGGAUGUCGGGAGGUCGCAGUAGACUCCACCUGAUAGACCUGGGCAGCUGUGUGAAGGUGCUGGGAGGAGAGAAGGGCAGGGAGAGCAGUGGUAGUACAGCAGCAGGGCUGUGUCUGUCUCUGUCUGCCCUGGGGAACGUUAUCCUGGCUCUGGUCAAUGGCAGCAAACAUAUCCCCUACAAGGACAGUAAGCUGACCAUGCUACUGAGAGAGUCACUGGGCAACAUGAACUGUCGGACCACCAUGAUCGCCCACAUCUCCUCGUCGCCUAGCAACUUCUCUGACACGCUCUCCACCCUCCAGAUCGCCUCGCGCCUCCUCCGUAUGAAGAAGAAGAAGACCAAAGUCAGUAUGCAAUACACGUCCAGUUCGUCAGGGGGUGAGAGUUCGUGUGAGGAGGGUCGUAUGCGUCGCCCCACCCACCUGAGACCAUUCCACUCCCGUAGCUCUGCCGACUCCAACCUUCCCCUGCUGCACCUCUCCAGCGACCCAGAUGACUACUCCAGUAGUGAGCAGUCCUGCGACACCGUCAUCUAUGUGGGCCCCAAUGGGGGUGCUAUCUCGGACCGUGAGCUGACCGACAACGAGGGUCCGCCAGAGGUUGUCCCCAUCAUUCCUGCUCUGCUGAAGAGCAAAGCCGAGUCUGGCGUCCUGCCGACUACACCAACUCUACAACAACAACAGCAACAGACAGUACUCUCCCAGCCCCAGCCACAGCCUGCCCCUACACAGACACACACCCAGCCCUCUGCCCUGCCUACACAGUCCCUCAUCUCCCUAACCCAGCCCCCACUCCCUCUCCUCCCACCCCUGGGCCAACCCCUGCCCCCUGUGCCAGAGGAAGGGGCGGAGUGUCUCAAGUGCAACACCUUCGCCGAGCUGCAGGAGCGGCUGGAGUGUAUCGACGGGAGCGAAGAGGUGGCCAAGUUCCCCUUUGAGGAGGUGCCGGUUAGUAGGGGGGCCAAGUCUGACAUCCUGGUCCCCCCUGGGUCUGAGACGGAGCCUACGGGAGGGGUGGGAGUGGAGGUAGAGACCUCCAGGAGGAUGUCCAAUGACGAGCAGCUCCAGGAGAUCAGGGAGGUGGUGGAAGAGGCAGAACUGGCCCAGACCAUGAUAGAGAGUCUGAGCCUGACCGGCAGCUGCAGUGUGAUGGGAAGCAGUGGAGCUGGACACACCAACACUAACCCUCUACAGAGGGCCAAGAGCGCCAGCCUCCAUGACAGUCGUGAGUCUCUGAGCGCAGGCAGUAGCAGUGAUGGUAAGCCCCGCCCCCUGGGUUCUCCUCGGCUGGGCAUCGCCUCUCUUACCAAGACCUCUGACUACAGACCUCCUUCCUCACCCUCACAGCGCUGCAAGGUCUACACCCAGAAGGGUGUGAUUCCGGGAACGCCCCCUCUGUCCUGCCAGAGUCUGUCUACUGCAGACAGCCUGGCUGCAGAUAGUGGGAGGUCCUCUACAGAUUCCCUGCUGCAGCUGGAGUCCCUGUCCAGGACCUCCCCCAUGAGAAUGAGUCCCCAGGUGCUAAAGCGCACCGACUCCUUGUCUGCCAGCCUGGGGUCGGCUGAGACCCUGUGUGACGAUAAUGUUCCUCAGAUACCUCUGGAUGUACGCAGGGACACCCCAGUUCCUGCUCUAGCCCCCAGCCCCUCCUCUACCCCAGCCCCAGCAGACCCUCGCUCUCUGGGGGAAGAUGAGCUGGUAUUCACCCUGGGGUGUGAGGAGGGGCUGGAUGUCCGGGGCCUGCUGGAGAGUGGCGGUCGUCCCACUAGCAUCAUUAGCUUCACCAGCGACUGUUCCGUCACCGCCCUGGCCUCGGGAUCCCGCCCUGUCUCCAUCAUCAGCAGCAUCAGCGAUGACCUGGAGUGCUAUGGAAACAACACUACUGUCAUUGCUACGACCACCGGAAUGGUCACAAUGACAAGCGCCUCAGUUGCCGGGGUGAUCGCCAUGGCGGAAGUCAGCAUGGCGAAGCUUCGCAUGGAAGGAGAGGCGAUGGCGGCGCUGCCUAGCUGCCGGUCGUCCAUCUCAUCAUGGCUGAGUGAGCUGAGUGCUGGGAGUGACGGGGAUCAGUCCCUGCACAGUUUCGGCCAGUCCUAUGGACAUGGGGAGGCUCUGGCCGAGCUAGACCCCCCACAGGUGCCUCUCUCUGGGGCAGAGGAGCAAGAUGAGGUGUCCCUGGGUUCUAGAGGAAGGAAGACUCCUGACAGCGACGUAGUGUUGUGUGGAGAUGAGAAAGGAACGGAGAAGGAGAAGAGCACCAUGACUAAAGAGAGGCUGAAGAGACUGUCUCCCUCCAUGGGUAAGACCAACAUCACCGUCUCCAACAUCCAGACCCUGGGGGCCUCCAGCAACUUCAUCCCCUUCAAGACCAACAUCACAGUCCACCCCUGUGUGGCCGUCAAACCCAUGGUUAUACAGGAGCCCACUAUACUGUCCUCCCCUACCAAGACUCACCUGUUGUCCAAGGACCCAGCCAAGCUUGCCCCAGCCCAAGCCCUGGUCCUGGCCUCCAUGUCCAGCGAUCUCAGCUUCGACGACCCCUGGAUGAAGAGAGAUGGAGGCGAUGUGAGGCCUAAGGAGCUGGUGUGUGAGGUGAAGCCGGAGAAGAGGGUGGUGGAGCCACCAGUCAAGACAGACCCAGCUAAGACCCAGGCCUGGCCCCAGGGUGACAGGGCCAGCAGGGUGGACAGUGGCUACGGAGGGGACCGUUGCAGCUCCAGCAGCGGUGAGACCGUCUCCUCUCCAGACUCCUGUAAGAGGGUGGUGGACGGCUGUGAGAUGGUGCUGGUCAGCUCUGGGGAGUGUCUGAUGACUCCCGUCUACUCUGCCGACAUCCUGCGCACCGCCAGUCUUCCCCGCGGCUGGCACCGGAUCAACCGCCACGACGGCCUGGACGAAGACUCACUCCGCUACGGCGCUAAUGGAGGAGGGGCAGGGGGGGAGUACCGGGGCCUAGGGAUCACCACCUCCACCCCCUGUAGUCCGAGGGCAACACUGGACCGACGGGGGUCAUCCGGGAGACAAGGCCUGUUCUCCCGCCAGAAAGGGAUCCCACCGCUGCCACCAGUACGCAAGUCCAGUCUGGACCAGAAGAACCGGGCAGGAGGCCCCCUCAGCCCCCUGCACGCACCCAUCCAUGGCCUCUCCUUCCUGGGGAGCACCCCGGAGGACCUAGAUGGACUUGGUGGAGGGAAACAGAAGGGGUCUAAUGUGGAGAGCAGUAGGUUGUUCAGUGCUAAACUAGAGCAACUGGCUAACAGAACCAACUCUCUGGGGCGGUCCCAUGGAGGUCACAGCUCUCUUGGCCCCCACUACGACUGCCUCUCCCUGGAGAGGGGAGAGAGCCUCAGCUCUCUGGGCUGGAAGGGGGCAACCGGAGGGGGGAGGGGGGACUGCAAUAUGCCCCAUCCCGGACGUAGCAUCCGCUGUGGCUCAGUGUCAUCCUCCUCCCGUAACGGAAACGGUUCCGGUAACAGCCCCGGCAGUGCUCCCAAGUCGCCCAAGUCGAGCCAGUCAAAGAUCUCAGCGGUCAGCAAGCUGCUGAUGGCCAGCCCUAAGACCCGCAGCCUUUCGGCCUCCAGCACCAAGACACUUAGCUUCUCCACCAAGUCUCUUCCCCAGUCUGUCAACCGCAGCUCCAGCUUGCCUCCCAACGGCAAGACCCAGCCCCAGGGUCAGACCUCCAGCCAGGCCCUGGGACAAAACAAGGAACCCAGCUCUGGCUCCUGGGCCACCCAGUCUCUGAGUCGCAGCCGAGGGGGAGACCUGGCCGCCAAGCUGCCUCUGAGAGCCGCCAACGGACGCAUCUCCGAGCUGCUUCAGGGCAACGGAGGCUCUCGAUCCACCAGUCACAACCGAGGAGGAGGCUCCGAAGCUGGUGAGGAGAGGGGUGCCGGAGGAAGUGGAGGUGGAGCAGGUGGUGGAGGGGCACAGGGAGAGGAGAGACCAGUGAUGGUCCACACUCUGCCGUCUCCCUACAGUAAGAUCACAGCCCCCAAGCGGCCACAGCGCUGCAGCAGCGGCCAUGCCAGUGACAACAGUAGUGUUCUGAGUGGGGAGCUGCCCCCGGCCAUGGGGAAGACAGCCCUGUUCUACCACAGCGGGGCCAGCAGUGGCUACGAGAGCAUGCUGAGGGACAGCGAGGCCACAGGAAGCACCUCCUCUGCCCAGGACUCUCUGAGCGAACAUAGCUCAGCCACCAGCAGCAGCCGCCGUAGCCUCAAGAACAACAAGAAGAGGAACAACAACACAGGUCUGCCCCUUAUGCUGCAUCCCAGUACCCAGCGUCGUCGUCUGAUUCCCAGCCUGACCCUGGACUCGUCCUCUCUGAUCAGGAAGCCCGCCAUCAGCUCCAGCGUACGCUGGGUAGACGGCCCGCUAAGCCCCGCCCCCAGGGGAACCACAGAACCCUUCGAGAUAAAGGUCUACAAGAUAGACGACGUGGAGCGCCUGCAGAGGAGGAGAGAGAAAGGAAACAAGGAGGUGGUUUAUCUCAGUGCUAAGCUGAAGACCUUGGAGCACAGGCAGCAGCGGAUCUCCGAGGUCCGAGCCAAGUACGACUGGCUGAAGAAAGAGCUGGAGCAGACCAAGCAGCACCUGAUGUUGGAGCCAGAGAAAUGGACCACUGAAUUUGACCUGCAGCAGACGUUUGAGGUGGACUCUCUGGAGUACCUGGAGGCUCUAGAGGUGAUGACAGACAGACUGGAAACCAGGGUCAACUUCUGCAAGGCUCACCUCAUGAUGGUCACCUGCUUCGACGUCACCUGCUGCCGCAGGUAGACCCACGGACGGACCACACCUCCGCUAGGACUGUUAGGACUCAAGGGACUUGGAGCAGCUCGGAUACAACAGCAGAGAGAGGGAUGGAGCGGAGGGAGGGAUUUCCUUGAGGAGGUGCAGAAGAACAAAGGCAGACACUAAAGAUGAAUAUUUUUUUAAGCAGCGGGACAGGGAGCGAGGGAGAGAGAGGAAGAGAAUUAAGAGGAGGAAGAGAGGGUGUUUUUUUUAUUUUUAAAUGAGGAGUAUAUCUCCCACCUGACAGGAAGAGCACUUUUACUGAGGAGUUGUUGGGGAUGAAGUUUGUAAAUAAAGUUGUGCUUGCUUUGAAUAAGGACUGGCUGACAGACGGCUAUAGACACGUAGGGAAAAAAAGAGAAAAGAACGACAGAAAAGAAAAGAAAACCAACCUUGUGUGUGAAAGACAAGUGCCUUGCGAACACUUCAAAAUCGGAACCAUUGCUCCUGUAUUUGUGUACAGAUGGUGCUAGCUGAAAAAAAGAAGAGAUCUCAAAAGUAAAAAGAAGAAAUAAGUUGUGGAAAGUAAAAACCACAGCUCUGUUUUACUCGGUGUUUCCUCCCCUGACUAGCUGUUCUCAGUGGCUUGUAUUGUUCUGCACUAGUUAGGAUUCAACUUUAGGAACUGCUACGUGUACGUUUUCUAUACCUCUUUUAAAAAAUUCUCUGAAGACAGUGACACCACACAGAGUGCUUUAGGGGAUAGGAAAUUAUGUAUAAGGACGGACAAGACCCGGGGAAGGGAGGUGGUGGUGGUGGUUUAUCUUAUGACCCAUUGAUUUCAUUGUCAUCCCUCAGGCUAUGGUAACUGAAGUAUUCAGUCGGGGGUUCAGGCCUAAUACACACCCACCACCCACCCGUCCCCUAACGAUGAUCAAGAGGUGCAGAGAGACAUCAGCUAGAAAGGAGGGGAGAUGGAGGGAUGAACAAAGGCUAAAAGAAAAUGUUACCAUUAGGGGAACAUCAUAAUAACGACCAUAGAAGGGGAUGGGUGUGACCAUGUGAUUAAUGGGUUAAAGGGACACUGCUCUAUUCUACAGGUCAAAAAAAUGGGGGACAUUGAGUUUAAAUAUGAGUGUAGAGGAAAAUGUCCCAUUCACUCUGCUUGGUGCCACUGUCGUGGUGCAUUCACUUUCAUAAUAGUUUGGUGCUUGAGACAGUUUCAGAUCUAAAUGUUUGUAUACACAUACAUACAUAUAUAUACACAUAUACACACACAUACAUACAUACAUAUAUAUAUAUAUAUACACAGUUGGAGUUAUUUUCACUCGUUUUUCAAACACUGCACAAAUUUCUU